UCUAUUUUCCACUCUCUCACUCCUUUUCCUCUCUCUAUAAAAAAAAACUAUCAUUCUUUUUCUUUCUUGGAUCUCUAACUGCACUCUUCUGCAACCUUUGUCUCUCACCAUUUUAUUUCUCAUUAUUUUCUUUACUUGAUCAUCAAUAUAUAGAAGAUUUCUUAGUCAUAAGAAUGCGUGCUCCUUGUCAACUCAAGCAAGAAUUCCUCAGGAAAUGGCUAUUAAGUCUCAAAAUAUGCAAUUUGACAAAGCAGAAUUUCACAAUUUUGCAAAGAAAAAAGGCGAUAAAGCGAUCAGCAGACAUUGCUAUGGCUUCAACAAGGAACGGUAUGAGUUAUAAUUGGCGUCGUGCACUCGUAGCUAAAGCUUCAAGGGAUGAUGAUGAUAAUAAAAUUCUUGUUCAUCACAUGUUAGCUUAUUCUGACUCUGAAACGCUAAAGAAAGUUUCUACAAGUGGACAAAAUAUGCGUAAUAAGAGGAUUAGAAGCAAGAAGAUAUUGAAGAAGAUUCGAUGCACGAAAAGAGCGAAAAAAUUUGUAUUGAAAAUGGCGAUUGCUAGAAAGAUGGUAAAGAAAAGAACACAAGUGUUAAAGAGUCUUGUUCCGGGAGGAGAAUUUAUGGAUGAUAUGUCGUUGAUUGAAGAAACCCUAGAUUACAUUGUUUCUCUUCGAGCUCAGGUUGAUGUAAUGAGAACUCUUGCUAAAGCUAAUGGGCUUCUUAAUGGUAAAUAAGAACAUCAAUGGAGGAUAAAAUAUAUAAACUCCUACUUUUAAAGCAAAAUGUUCUUAUACACCUAUAAUUAUUGUCCGUUUAUCAAACCAUUGUCAGUUUGAUCCAUCGUUUAUUCGAUAUGUGCUAAAUGUACCCACAACUUUUUUAAAGCAUGAUUGAAAUCUUCAAAUAAAAAUAUAAAUCAUCCCAAUGAUAUUCCAAAAGAGUUGUGGACAAUAUUUAGCACAUAUUGAAUAAGUGAAGGAUCAAACUGUCACGAUUUUAAAAUCGUGAGAUAUUUGACAAAAAUAUCACAGUUGUGGGUUUAGAAAAAUAUUAUGCCUAGUUUUAAUUGAAGACUAAAUAAAGGAAAGAUGAAAAGCUUAUAUAGCUAGCUAGUAGUUUAUUAGUUAAGCUUAAGGAUGUAUAGUUUUUUUUUUGAUAAUUAAGUAUGUAUAGUUGAAGCAUAUUGAAUCCAAUCAAGGCUCUUUUAUAUACAA